AUGUUUGGUAACAGUUUGAGAAACGGUGUGAGAGGGUUCAGUUCGAGUGCGCGUGCUUUGAAGCGGGUGUUCUUCGACACUAAGCUAGCGGACGGGUCCGCGUUGGGCCGGAUUGAGUUCGAGUUGUACGACGACGUCGUGCCCAAGACCGCGGCGAACUUCGCUGGGCUGUGCACUGGAGUUAAGGGGUUUGGGUUCAAGGGCACGCCCUUCCACCGGAUCAUCCCUCAGUUCAUGAUCCAAGGUGGUGACACGGACUUGCUUAACGGAUUCGGUGGGAAGUCCAUCUACGGUGCCAAGUUUGCUGACGAGAACUUCACGAAGAAGCACGACCGGCCUGGGUUGCUCUCGAUGGCGAAUGCGGGGCCCAACACGAACGGGUCGCAGUUCUUCAUCACGACCGUCGCUUGCCCCUGGCUCGACGGGAAACACGUCGUGUUCGGUGAGGUCGUGAAGGGCUACGACGACGUCGUGAAGAAGAUCGAGUCCUACGGGUCCUCUUCGGGGCAACCCCGUGCCCAGAUCGUCAUUGAAGACGCUGGCGAGCUGGACUAA